AUGUCCGGAAAAUCCACGCAACCAGCAGUCGCAGCCUGUGACAGGACUGCCGGGAGCGUCAACAUCGUCCUCAUCAUCGACGAUCUCGAUAAGUUUACUAGAAGCCACGAGGAGUUGGUUGGUCUUGUCAAGCAGAUCAGCUAUUUUGAAGGCGUCCAGGUGUGUGUUAGUAGCAGGCCCUGGAACGUGUUCGGUGACGCAUACCAGCCGAACCCGAGCCUCAAGCUGGAAGAUCUCACCAAGAGCGAUAUCCUCGGAUUCGUACGAUCCAGCUUCGACUCACACCCAGGCUUCCUCGAUCUCAGCGCCGUCUUUCCCGGAGAGGCUAAGCGGCUGGUUGACUCGGUCGUGAACAAGACAGCAAGGGUAUUUCUUUGGGUGUCUAUCGUCGUUGAAGCGCUGCUUGCUGGACUGGCCGAUGGCGACAAGAUCUCAGACCUCCAGGCGACGCUAGACCGUCUCCCGGAUGAUCUCCUUGCCGACGAAAAGGCCCCGCACGACCUCAAGCUAGACGUGAUAGACUUCGCAAAGAUCAACCUCGUCAUGAAGCGUCGGCUGGUCAGUCGCAUAAAGGGCCUCCUCGAGCUCUCUGAGGGCGGCAAUAUCCGGUACAUCCACCACCCCAUCGCCCUGCUCUGGGGGCCCUCUGGGGGCCCAGUCUCCAGGCCACCUACGGUCUACAUGAAAUCGGCCGUCUUCGUCUUCCGGAUAGACUGAAGAUAAUCAAGCAAGCCGCCUCCCAGUCCAUCUCCCUACAUGGAGCGGCAAACCAAGCUCCUAGCCGCCCAGCUGCCCAAAAGGUGGUAAAAAUGGUUUCGGGUUCGGCACGGACUUGGGCCGCUAUUGGAACCAUGUUCGUAUGCACUGUUGUGCGUCUAGGCGUGCGGGCUGUACUGUUGCUGAUGUGCUACAAUCCGUAGCGGUUGGGUAAAAUGCAAAGCAUCCACUUUAAUAUCGGGAUGUGGGACGAGGCAGAACCCAUGCGUCAAUCAAUGGAGAAAAAGCCUUGGCUCUGCCGCUUUGUUCGUCCGUAAUAGUUUAUGGUAAGGCUCCCAAACCCCGGCCUGG